AUGGCAAAGGAUAAAUAGGGGGAAAUAGAUGUGGACAACAUAAUCGAGAGAUUACUCAGUGUCAGAGGGAGCAAGCCAGGAAAAAAUGUAAAUUUAACAGAACCUGAAGUUCGAGGUCUUUGUAUAAAAGCAAGGGACAUUUUCAUCAGCUAGCCGAUAUUAUUGGAAUUAGAGGCACCUCUGAAGAUUUGUGGCGAUGUGCAUGGUCAAUAUUUUGAUCUUCUGAGAUUAUUUGAGUAUGGUGGUUAUCCUCCUGAGAGCAAUUAUCUUUUUUUGGGAGAUUAUGUAGAUCGAGGUAAACAAUCCUUAGAGACCAUUUGUUUACUGUUGGCAUACAAAAUUAAAUACCCAGAGAACUUUUUCCUUUUGAGAGGCAAUCAUGAAUGUGCAUCCAUCAAUAGAAUCUACGGUUUUUACGAUGAAUGUAAACGUCGAUACACAAUUAAAUUAUGGAAAACCUUCACUGACUGCUUUAAUUGUCUACCUGUGGCAGCCCUGAUAGAUGAAAAGAUUCUAUGCAUGCAUGGAGGCUUGUCUCCUGAAUUGUCCAAUCUUGAGCAAAUAAGGAGAAUUAUGAGGCCUACUGAUGUCCCAGAUACAGGACUCCUAUGUGAUUUACUCUGGUCGGAUCCAGAUAAAGAUGUCUAAGGAUGGGCAGACAAUGAAAGAGGAGUCUCCUAUGUGUUUAGUUAAGAAAUUGUCCAGGUCUUCCUUAAAAAGCAUGAAUUAGAUCUCAUUUGUAGGGCACAUUAAGUAGUUGAAGAUGGCUAUGAGUUCUUUAGCAAAAGAUAAUUGGUGACUUUGUUUUCUGCUCCAAAUUAUUGUGGUGAGUUUGAUAAUGCAGGUUCUAUGAUGACUAUCGAUGAAUCCCUUAUGUGUUCGUUCCAAAUACUAAAGCCUGCCGAAUAGGGUGCUCAAGGUGCCUCACAACAAAAUAAACCUCCUAGUGCCAAGUUUGUAAACUGA